UUUCAUGUUUUAACUCAGGCCAUGAACAUAAGUAAUGAGGAUGACUAAAUGACGGCAAUACUGCAAUACAGCAUUAAUCAACCACCUUUACCAGAAAAAGCAUGUUGAUAUCAGCUGAUAUUUUUAGUAGGUCUGUGAUGCAGUGCUGGGCCUGUAGUUUAAAGCAAAAACGUUUAUUUAAGGUUCUAAAAAAAGUGAAUUUAGAUUGUUUCAAAGAAGCUGCCCAACGGUGAUUCUUACAUUUCUUACUUUUUGGAAUAUUUCUAUACGUUUUUUUCUUAUGGGUAAUUAAACAUUAAGGUUUGCAACAGUCACUUUUCGCUUCUCUAUUUAAAUGAAAACACAGGCCGCAAAAAAAAGACAGGAUAAACGUGCGAGCGUGAGGCGCAGAGUUUCGCAAGUGCUCACUUCCUCCUCCUGUAGUGUCCUCAGCGCAGAGAAACCACAACCACACAGACACUGAUACACGCACUGAUACACAAAGAAUCGUGCCAUGCUCGUUCUGCUCUUUUACACACCGUUUGUAGUAAAAUCAAUGUCAGGCUUGUUUAAAGGACAUUAAAAGCCCUGUGAGCUAGUGAACAUGAAGCAGGCUUAUAUUAGAAGGUGUGUUGCUUUGAAAGCCAUUAUAUCGCGUUCUAUGUUGUUUUUGAGGAAAUAGGCAUGUGUCAAAGCUGCUUUAAUGAUCAAGGGGCGAUGCAAAAUGGGUGGGGAAGACAUGAAAUUUGAGCGAUCUUAACAGGAAGCUCUUGUUUCCUACAAGAGUCACUUAGUAAAUCUUUCCAUCAUUUAGUGACAGGACAGGUCUCCACCUAUCCUCCACCACAUCUUCUUGAGGGACUCGACAGCUGCGGUCUUCUCCACAAGACACGUUCCUUAAAAACAAAGCACGCAUAUGGGCUGCAGCAUAAGAUGUAUAGCAAAGUGGAGGAAAAGGCAUCUGCAAGCCUUAAAGACUGUCCUUGUUUUAUUGCUGACCGUUAGCAUUAGCAUUAGCUGGUUGCUGGUUGAUAAACAACAUCUCAAUGGCAGCACUGAGUCGCUCCCAAACAAUAUUACCAUCCUGUUGUGGCACUGGCCAUAUGGUACCCAGUACAGCCUUGAAGGGGACGUGUGUCUGAGGGACUAUAACAUCUCCGGAUGUAUCCUGGUGGACAAUCGCACUCUCUAUGAGAGCGCCGAUCUAGUGGUUUUUCAUCACUUUGAGCUAAGGGUGCACAAUCAGCACCUUCCAGUCGAUAUUCAUCGGCCUGCCAAGCAGAAGUGGGUAUGGCUUUCUUUAGAAGCGCCACAAAACAACGGCAACUUGUCACCAUACAACACCCUUUUCAACCUCACCAUGUCAUAUCACCCUCAAGCCGACAUUACCGUGCCGUACGGGAAACUGUUACAGAAGAAACCAGAUUUCGAUGUUGUUAUACCAGAAAACAAGAGUUACGAAGCCUGCUGGGUGGUGAGCAACUACCAAAAACGGCACAAAAGGAGCGACGUGUACCAAGAGCUAAAGAAGAACCUCAAAGUGCAACUCUACGGCCUCGCCGCCACAAAACCUCUACCGAAGGAGGCGCUGCUUCCAACGAUUUCACGCUGUUAUUUCUACCUGGCCUUUGAAAACACGCAGUCUCCACAUUAUAUCACCGAGAAGCUCUGGAGGAACUCUUUCCAGGCUGGGACCGUGCCUGUGGUGCUGGGACCGUCCCGAAGAGACUAUGAAGCCGUGGUGCCUCCGAACUCCUUCAUCCACGUAGAUGACUUUAAAUCUAUUAAGGCCCUGGCUGAGUAUUUGAGAGGCGUAAUUAAAGAUCCGAAAAGGUAUAAUGAGUAUUUUACCUGGAGACAAGACUAUGUGGUUAAAUUAUAUACAGACUGGAGAGAGAGACUGUGCAAUAUCUGUCCCAUAUACGGACGAUUUCCGACUCAAAAGGUUUACGAGGAUUUGAGUGUGUGGACAAAAUGGUAACGUAACGGGCGGCGGGCGUUCACACAGAACUGCUUUAAUAAAUCUCUCAAGAAUCAGGGAAGAUACAUGUCCUAAUUUCGCUGAGUUCAAUGUGUUCCCAGAACAACAUUUUUAUUUUGUCUUAUGGGUUCGGGAUCGGGAUAAGUCUGUAUUUUUGGACAGUUAUGUUGACCCAGGGAAGACGCUGAACGUUUAAUUUCUUUCAACUUGAACGAUGCAUUUGCACCGAAAAAGAUGCAAGACACGUGUGUAGAUGAAAGACAUUUGUCUAGAGCGCGUUCACGCAGGAAAAAAUUAUUAAAAUGCUACAUGAUAGAAUAAAAAAGAUGCAGGGUGGUAAAAAAAGAAAAAAAUGCAAGGUCCUAUAUAAGUUUUAUUAACAUUAUAUUAACUUGAGACAUCAAAGGUGUCCGUUAAAGGGGAAGUGAUGGUCUACAUGGAACUGAAAAACAUAACGGAAAGCAAAAAACGCACACACAAACAAGCAAUAGGGUAGUGGGGUGCCGGGUCUAGAGUAUACCGUUUGAAAGUUGCCUUUUUGCAAAUGCGAAUGAAAAAACGGGCAAAAUAGCACGCUUAAUGUACAAAAACUGCAAAAACAGUACAGCGAAAAGCAAAAGCGCACGCCACAUGAUGUGGACUGUGAAACG